AUGAACUUCCUGCAGUUAGAAACACCCCCUGGAGUGCCACACAUUCCUAUCAAGCUGCUCAAAAUGAUUGGCAUAAUCGGGCGGCAAAUGGACCGCUUUCGCAUUGUGCCACUCUUUCUUGUCUACAUUUUCAUUAUAGCCAUACCGAAAAGUUUCUACGGAUAUCCUAACUUCGAGGUGACUAUCAUCGGGAUUGCGGAGCUGUUUUUCCAAACCAACACCUUCUGUGGCAUAUUUCUGCUCUUUAUCAACGGGUACAAGCUGGAACAGCUGAUUGCGAGAGCGAAAGCUUUCUCCCAGACGGUACUCCGAGAAACAUCCCCCGCUAUCGUGCAACAUUUAAACACGCAGCACAAGCUCAUCCACAAAGUAACGAGAAUAUUCUUCAUCGUGGUAACGUAUGCAGCACACUUUUACGUGUUUGCACCGAUUCUGUCAACACUCUUCACACUCUACGGUACGAACAGAGACGUCAACGAAACCAUGCACUACACGCUACAUAUGGAGGAAAAUUUCUACGGUCUACCGACGCGCACCUCGGGACCACAUUAUCUACUCUUCAGCGCUAUUAUGACUCCGACAUCUUAUCUGUGUGCUUUCGCUGGGACGGUAAAAAUCAUAGCCAUCUGUAACUUCAUCAUCUACUGUACCCUUUACUUUCAACUGGUACAAAUCAAGCUGCAGACUGUAGCGCAAGAAAAUGCAUUCCACCAGCAGCUAAAAGCUAUCGUUAAAAUGCACCAGGAUGCACUCCAUUGUGCAAAGAUGCUAGAAUCCAUCACAUCUUUGGUGCUUUUGCAACAGCUUCUGUUGUGCGUCUUGAUCUGGUGCUCUAUGCUCCUGUACUUCACCGUGUCAGGAUUCAAUGUGAAUUUUAUGAGCCUGGUCGUCCUGUUCGUGUUUGACACAACGGAAACCUUUGCGUACUGUUACCUAGGAGAGCGCCUUUCCAACGAAAGUGCUCAAGUUGCGCAUGUGGCGUAUGAAUGUUUUCGGGAAACGCAAACCACCGCUAUACAAAAGGAUCUUAUGCUAGUUCUUGUGCGUGCCCAAACUCCAGUCGGAAUCACAGCCGGAAAGUUUUGUUACAUGAAUAUGGAGCAGUUUGGUAUUAUUCUGAAAACGACAUACUCAUUCUUUGUGGUAUUGAGAGAACAAUUUUAA